CAGGGCCACCGUAGGAACAACAAGCUUUGCACGCGCAGCCGGUCACGUGCUUGUAGUUAUAUUUUCUGCUAGUGAGGUCCGAGCAUUUCACAUCCAGAACUCGGAGGUCUGAGUUCUCCUCCUGGCAGCACCGGAAGGUCCGUUUGACCCGCAGGUACGCGUCUGCCGACGCCCUGUUGGAGAGGGAAGAAAAUGGAGGGAAAUUGUGGCGCGCUGGAUGUUUUCAAGCUGUCCAAACAAAGUUUGGUUUCUUCUCACCAGGGCUCCAACAGACAUCGGCCCUCACACACGGGUAAUUCGAUUGCCUUCAUUGAUGGAGCAGUCAUCAAUGGUGACGUUCAUUUCGGACAGUUUGGGCUCGCAGGUCUGGUUGGAAUAUAAAAACUUAAAAUCAAUAAAUUUGUGCAAACAGCGGGAUUACUAUUAGCUGUAAUAUUGAUAAGUGCUGAAAAAAAUACAUCAUUUUUUUAAUGUUAAAGGGUACACACGAACUAGGAGUAGCACUACAGCACAGCUUGCCUCAAAAAUAACUUAGAAAAGUAGAUGCUUAGAGGUUCAAUGAGUAAUUUUCUCAAAAAGUCGGGCAGUUUAACUUUUCAACUUAAUUCCUGUUUUGUGACAAAACAACUGUAACUCUGGCUGUAUGUCUGGGGUUGUUGCUCUCGGUGAAUGUCCACCUGGCCUGCAAGUCUUUUGUCCUAACGAAUUGUGUGUUCCUUUGUCUUCUUGGUGCUCAGUUUGUGCAUUUUCCACAGAGUUGAGUGUUAUUUUUAUGUGGUGUGGGUAAUUGUUUGUUUUUUGUUUGUUUUUUUUAUUGAUCUGUAAAGCAUUUUGAGCUGCUUUUAGCAUGAAAGGGUAGCUUUAUAAAUAAAAUUGAUUUAUUGAUUGAUUGAUAUGCUGAAAGGACAGAUGUGAGGACAGAUUGAAAACAUAAAAUAAAUGCAAACUAUAAUCAAACAAGGAUUUAAAGAAAUUCAGGUGUGAAGAUAGUGAGAAAACACUGGCAACACAAAAGAAAAAAAAUCAAACAUGUAUGUUUAAAAAUUAAAAACAUUAGUGUAAAAAAAUGUGAAAAAAGGUUUGUAUUUUAAAUAAGUUUAUUAUUACUGUAUUUGUUUUGGUCUGUCUUUUAGCAUUGUGACCUUUGUCCAUGUUAUUUUACACAAAUUAGCUGUGACACAAGCCAAAGAUAACCUGAACAAAGCCAAAAUGUUUUCAAGGUCGGUUGCAUCACAACAGUAGCCAACAACUGCCAUCAAACGUCUGAAAUUUAAAUUUGUCUCCAGCAUUUCUUUGCAGAAUUGUAUUGAUUUACAUUUUCAUGUGUGAACAGCCACUUUAAGGUUAUGACAUAGAAUUCUAAUAACAUACAUGUCAAGCAUGUCUAUUUUUUUCUCAUGUUAAAUUCUUUGAUUAUCUGAGAAAAUUUAUUGGGACAAAAAUAGAAGAAAUCUGUUUUAACCCUCAACGAAUAUGCGCAUGAUUGAACAUUUAAUGGUGUCCUGAAUUGUUAACGCAUUCAGAAAACAAUCAAAGCAUUGUUUAUUCAUUGAAAGUAUUUAUUCGAUUUUAAAUUAAUAGUAUUACAUCAUGGAAAUGUGUUUGAUUAUUGCUUAAUUGUUUAUUUUGUUCUCUCCUGAAAGUUUCAGCUUUUCCGAAACUUUGAUGUGUGAUACUUAUCUAGUCCGGUAGGGGGCAGUAGUUUUCUGAAUUUUACCAAAAAAGCAGAAUGAAACCUGUUUGCCUUGAGUCACAGCAGCUUCGCUUGUUGUCCUCAUCAUGAAUUAAAGAAAUUGGGUUAAUAAUAAUAAUAAUAAUAAUAAUAAUAAUAAUAAUAAUAAUAAUAAUAAUACAGCAGAAAGGUUCAAUAUAAUUACUUCAGGUGAUUUUUAUAAACGUAAUCAUCUUUAAUAACGCUUGUAAUUCAGCGGCUAUUUUCAGCAUGCCAUAUUAUUGAUCGAACUGGAAAGCGUAAGUCUUCAUCGUGACCCCUCCGUCUCCACACCACGUUUCCAAAACAAUACUUCCUUACGUCAUGCCUGCGCCGCUGGUGACGAACUAGUCCACUACACCCCUCCUAUCCUAUCCUACCUCACCUUUCCUCACCACUCCGCUCCAACUCUCCCAUCAGGACCAGGAGAUGUUCCGCGGUGUCGAAAACAACACAAAGGACGAACUUUACUCGUUUCGCACUUUCGAGUGCUUUUAAAUAUCCACUUUGGUUGAACUCUAGGGAGAAGGGAGGUGGGAGUUUUGUCGGUUGAGUGUGCUUUUCUUUUUUUGGGUGUGUGUUUGUUGGGGGGCGGGGGGUCCCUUUUUCCUUAGGAAAAACAUCACAAGUCAGCUCUACCCCCCGCUGUGUGUUGCGCUUCCAUAUGUCGCGAAAGCAGGUCGACCAUGACUACACCCUGCGCAGCAUGAGCAACCUGAUGAGCGAGCGCUGGAAGAAAGUCAACGACGGAGGCGAGCGCAGCCUCAUCAAAGCUCCGUCCAGCGGCAGCAUCAGCAGCCAGGGCGCCGCCGCAUCCUCCUCCUCCACAGCGGGCGCAUCAGCCCCUUCCACCGCCGCCGCCUCUUCCUCCACUACCACCAACACCGGGGACUUGGAGCGGGCUGCCCGCAAGCAGUUCCAGCAGGAUGUCACGCCAGCCUUCGUCUACGUCCUGGCCGUGUUCUCCGCUCUGGGGGGGUUUCUGUUCGGAUAUGACACCGGGGUGAUCUCCGGCGCGAUGCUCCUGCUCAAGAGGGAGCUGGACCUGAGCGCCAUGUGGCAGGAGCUGCUCAUCUCGAGCACCGUGGCCGCGGCAGCGCUGUCCGCCCUGCUGGGGGGCUUCCUGAACGGGCUCUUCGGUCGCAGGGUGUGCAUCCUGCUGGCCAGCUUCUUCUUCACAGUGGGGGGUGUCGUGCUGAGCGCCGCUCCCGGGAAAGAGGCGCUGCUGGCGGGGAGGCUGAUCGUCGGAGUGGGCUUAGGGGUCGCCUCCAUGACGGUGCCCGUGUACAUCGCCGAAGCCUCUCCGCCGCACCUGAGAGGUCAGCUGGUGACCGUCAACACCCUCUUCAUCACCGGAGGGCAGUUUACCGCCAGCCUCAUCGACGGCGCCUUCAGCUACAUGCGGCGUGACGGAUGGAGGUACAUGCUGGGCCUGUCCGUGCUUCCCGCCGCGCUCCAGUUCGUCGGGUUCCUCUUCCUGCCGGAGAGCCCCCGCUGGCUGAUCCAGCGCGGGCUGACCCAGAAGGCCCGCCGGGUGCUCAGCCAGAUCCGAGGCAACCAGAACAUCGACGAGGAGUACGACAGCAUCAAGAACAGCAUCGAGGAGGAGGAGAAGGACAGCGGAGGAGAUGGCCCUGUGAUCUGGCGGAUGCUGACCUACCCCCCGACUCGCCGGGCUCUAGUGGUGGGAUGCGGCCUUCAGAUGUUCCAGCAGCUUUCGGGAAUCAACACGGUCAUGUACUACAGCGCCACCAUCCUGCAGAUGUCGGGAGUGCGUGACGACAGGCUGGCGAUCUGGCUGGCAGGGCUCACCACCCUCACCAACUUCCUGUUCACCCUCCUGGGGGUGUGGCUUGUGGAGCGGGUGGGCCGCAGGAAGCUCACUUUGGGCAGCAUUACAGGUACAUGCUUGAGUUUAAGCCUGCUGGCCGUUGGGUUCCUCAUGACUGCUCAGCACAGUCCUCCGGUUACUGUCCACCCUCUGGACCCGGUCCUGGCUAACUCCACCUGCUCCUCGUACCAAAUGUGCGAGCCGUGCAUGCUGGACCCUCGCUGUGGCUUCUGUUACCGUGAGAACAGCUCAGCACUCCUGGCCUCCUCCUGCGUGCCGGUCAAUAAGGCCACCACCGAGCGAGCGGCGUGGGGCAGAUGUUCAAACUCUACUCUCAUGAGAGAUCAGACCUACUGGGCCUAUAACUACUGUCCCACCUCAUUUUCUUGGCUGGUUUUGUUGGGGCUGGUGCUCUACCUGGCUGCUUUUGCUCCAGGUAUGGGACCGAUGCCAUGGACCAUUAACUCAGAGAUCUAUCCCUUAUGGGCGAGGAGCACAGGGAACGCCUGUGCUGCUGGAGUCAACUGGACCUUCAACAUCUUGGUGUCUCUCACCUUCCUCCAUCUGGCUCAGUACCUCACCUACUAUGGAGCUUUUUUCCUGUACUCCAGCAUGGCCCUGCUGGGUUUCUUCUUCAUCUAUGGCUGCCUGCCAGAAACCAAAGCGCGGCGCCUGGAGGAGAUCGAGGCGUUGUUUGAAAACCAGCUCUGCUCAUGCGGCGCCUCUGACUCAGACGAGGGGCGGCAGGUCGAGUACAUCCGCGUCAAAGGCUCCAAUUACCACCUGUCGGACAACGACGCAUCAGACGUGGACUAGGAGCGUGUCGUUGACCCGGCUCCGGGUCUUUCGGCGAUCCCCGUAACACGCAGAAGCGAUCUGGUCUGUAAUAUUCAUUAACACUCAUUUCGUGAUCCGUGGAGCCAGACAGACCUUGAACAGGAAGCGAGACUGUUUCCCCACAAACCGAAUGCAGAAUAUUCUGGUACAGCUUUGUUCCUGUUUAAAAAAAAAAGAGGUGCGGUACAUGUGUCGUUUGGAUGUCAGGUUUGUGCAUCCACAUCACCUUAGCUGACCUGAAAGCUGUUGUCGUGACUUGUUGUAUCUCCGUAGUGCCGUUACGCCUUUCAGUAUGAGAUACGUUUUGGGUUAGUGUUCCAGCUUGUAGCGUUGCGCGGUAAUGUUAGCUCCCCUACAUGAGAUUUUCUCCCUCUUACCCUCCAGGUUUGUGGAUGGUCUUGACCUUCUCGUGAAAAGCAAUCAACAAACAUGCACAAUGUUACACCUAAGCAAACUCGUACUGUUAGUGCUUGACUAACAAAAGCCCCAGUUGGGAGCACUGGAAAGAUUAUACGUUCUGUUGCUGAAGUUUUCAUUCUGUGGCUUUCCCAGUCAUUUUGAUUUUAGGUUUUUAAGUUUCUCAUCUAUAAGAAAAUGCAGUUUUUUUAGCACAAUGCCAAGAGUCUAACCCUACUGCCAGAAGAUGUGCCAAUAAAUCCCCUCAUAAACCGCUGCUCAGAGGAACUGCUUCCUGGACACAUUGUAAAUGUAUGACAUUCUGAUGAAGGAGGCAAGUAAAACUUUUAUUAGUGCCUGUGUAAUGUGCCUAAUGCCUGUUUUUUUUUGCAUUUCCCGCAUGUCUAAAUAGCUUCUUCAAGUUCUAAUGGUUUUUUUUUGUCUUCCUUCAUAGCCUUAUGUACAAACUAGAGGAGCCUUUGGUUUCAGUCUGGCUUUAAUGUAAUUUAGCGAUGUUUUGUAACAACCGAUGUGUAGUUGCUGCGUGACUUCACCAAGGUCCAUGUGUAGCAAAAACCGUUGAAGUAAAAAAGAAAGAAGCUGUUACAAUAACAUGCAAAUAAGGUAAAUAUGCUGCAACAGUUCCAAAAUAAACAUGCAUCCAGUAUAUUUCAUGUCUUUAUCCAUAAAAAUGGAUCUCAGUUUAAAUAAACCAUGAACUCCUAAGCUACAUCGAUUAUUAAAAUACAUUUUGCAUUUAUUAUCAAAGUGACAACAGCUUGCAUCUAAAACUGGGAGACUUGUAUAAAAGCAAGUGGUAUUGUCGACCUGUUUACGAGGAAAAACAAUAUUACAAAGCAGGAGAGUAGCGCCCCCAUGUGGAAAAAUGUGCAAUUGUAUGUAAGACCAAAAAUGUGAUUUUAGGACAUUCAUUCAGUUGUCUGUAUAAAAACAGAUACUCUUUCCUGCAGCCAGUUUAGACUCAUUUAACCUCGCAGUGUGCGCCAUGCUGAGUUUAAUGUGAGCAGAAAGGUGCCACCUCUCAUUUUAUUGUAAAACACUUGCACAGACUAAAUAUUGCUGAAAGCUUAUAAAGUGCCUUGCACAAGCAUUCAUGACCCUUGAACUCUUCCACAUUUUCUCACAUCACAACCAUACAUUUCUGUUAUGUUUUUCAUUGGGAUUUUAUGUAUUUAUAUACAUUUAUUCCCAACUGAAUUUAGGUCUGGACUUUAAAUAGGCCAUUACUAAACAUUUCACUGCAGCUCUGGUUAUAUGUCCAGGCUUUUAUCCAUUUUUGAAAGUGAACUUUUGUAGCCCCAAAGACAUUUUUGGGGGCUACAAAAAAUACUUUACUACUAUAAUAAAAAUACUGUAAUACUGUACAUAGUUUUGUACAGUAUUUCCCUGUACAUAGCUAUAGGCAUCCAUCUAUUUUUCUUUGAGAAGACAACAGAAUGAUGCUGUCACCACAAUCUUAAACAGGAUCAGUGUUAGUUUCAGCAUUCUGCAAGAAGGACAAAAAGAUUGCAUAUUCCCUUCUGCAUUCUUUCUUUUAGAUUCCCCAGCCUGAGUAGUUUAUCUCUGCAGCUCCUCCAGUGUUACAUUAGGUCUCUUGGCUAAUAUAGCCAUGAUGAAUGCCCAUCAUGGCUAUAUUAUUUAAUUUAGGGGCAUAGGAGUAAAUGUGGUUAAAUACCUUGGACACCAAAGUUUUUAGUUUUUUUGAUUAAAGAGUUAUACCUGCAAUCAUUUAUUUCCUAACUAUGCACUACUUUGCAUUAAUCUUCCUUAAUAUCCCAAUAAAAUACAUAUAGGUUUGUUGUAAUCUGAGAAAAUGAGGCAAAAAAAGAUCAAAGGGUAUGAAUACUUUUCCAAGGCAUUUAUUAUAGUUAAUGUAAAUGUCAGCUUUAAAGAUAUUUGUAUGCUUUUUAAAAAUAUCGCCACUGAUUAUGUUGAGUGUGUGUGAGUUGUAGUAACAGGCCAAGAACAAACUUAACCACUGAUUCAUUCGUUGUGAAAUGUGCCGCGUGUUUCUCACUGACGAAAACAAACCUGCGCCCGGUUUUCAAAAAUAAUCCAUCUGCAUAUGUAAGGAAAACACAAUUCCUUUCAUUUUUCAUUCGGUAAAACUGUAUUAAAACCACGCAAAGUAAUUUUGUACAUAUUGUACUAUGGAAGACGUGGUGACACAAUAUUCAAAGUGAUCGUGUACCUCUCGUAUGAUGUACAUCUUGUCAAAGGUUCUGUGAUGUUUCCCUCUCCGCAUCCAGCUGUGUUAUCGGCCCUCUGCGGCAGACAGGCCAUGUGACAUGUACUUAUGGUAAAAUGUUUCCAUUUUUUAUUAUUAUUUUUAGUUUUUGUGAACUACUUAUAUGUUUCUAUCUUAAUUAAAACACAAGUUAAAAAAAGAAUAAUCUGUAUAGUAUAUUUGACGAUUGUUCAAGAUGUAAAUGUUUUGCGAGAGUUUAUAUUGUAUAAAGAUGAAUAUCUACAUGAAAUCUAAUGUAUAUGAAGAAAGAAAUAAACUCAAGAGUCUAAAAUAA